AUGGCAGACGAUUUAUCUAUAUCUUCACAGGACGACACUAACAUGUCGGAUAUCGACGAUUUUGCAUCCGAUGCAAGUGACCAGCUUGACAGCGAUGUGGAUAUGGAAUCGCCUUCCGAAACUCUACCCGCUAUUUUACCCUCCUCUGUUGGCGGAAAAGGUCUUCCUGUCCCCAUCACUGCACAGUACUUUGAGGGAGUCAAUCAUGACGAGGAUGAAGAUCUAGACAUGCCAGAAACUGAUACAAUAGUAGAUGAUGACAAGGAUUUAAUCGGAGCACAAUAUGAUGAAGAUCCAUUGGACGAUGAUUUGGAAGACGAUGCUAUUGUUAGUGAUGCAGGAAGCGCAAUUGAAGAUCGUACAGACACAUUUUCUAUUACUCAGCCUCGCGCUCCUAGAACCAAAGUCAGGACUGCCCCAGUUGACAAGUUUAGUCGCAGUCACAAACGAAAAAUCAAGACUGUUGCAUACGACCCUGUGCACAUCUCUGUUGGUGAAAAAUCUGCUGGGGUCGACAAGUUUCUGUCGUAUCGUGUCACCAGUGAAAAUACUGAAGAGUUGCUGGUCAAAUACAAAGGCAUGAGUUACUUUCAUGCCGAGUGGGUCGAACGUAGCUCAUUAGAAAUUGAACGUGGUGCUCGUAAUCGCAUUCAAAAGUUUUUAAGCAAACCCUCUUGGGAUCAUUAUUCAGAGGAUGAACCAUUUAAUCCUUCAUUCACACGAAUUGAUCGCAUUAUUGAUUGUGGAGAACAUGAUGGCACAAUCAUGUUUCUUGUGAAAUGGUGUGCUCUUUCUUAUGAACACAGUACCUGGGAGUCACAGCAAGAAGUUGAGCUGAUUGACGCUGACAAAAUUGCCGAGUAUUACGAUCGUAAUGCACUCAAGCCCAUCAAACGACUGAGCUACAACCUGAUUGGUCGCUCACGUCCUGCAUGUUGCUGGGUGAAACUAGAGGAUUCUCCAAUUUACAAAAAUGACAACAUGCUACGUUCCUACCAACUGGAAGGGCUCGACUGGCUUAUGUUUUGCUGGUAUAACAAGCAAAAUUCCAUUUUGGCUGACGAAAUGGGAUUGGGAAAAACAGUACAAUCCACUGUGUUUCUUUACCAGCUUUUUUUACAAGAGAAUCUGCGUGGCCCGUUUUUAAUUGUCACUCCACUUUCCACCAUUGGAAAUUGGGAGCGUGAAAUUAAAGCAUGGACAGAUAUGAAUGUUGUCGUAUAUCAUGGCAGCCAAUCUGCUCGCAACCUAAUUGUAGAGACCGAAUAUUAUUAUCGUGAUGAGACUGGUGAGAUUGUCUCCGAUAUGCUCAAAUUCGAUAUUGUUCUUACUACAUACGAAAUGGCCAUGAGUGGUGCUUCUCAACUGCGUCCCAUUCCUUGGCGAUGUGUUGUACUUGACGAAGCUCAUCGUCUCAAAAACAAAUCAUCAAAAGUGACUGAAAUUCUCAAAACGUACACAAUGGAGCAUCGUGUGCUCUUGACGGGUACGCCACUUCAAAACUCUCUGGACGAGCUUUGGGCAUUGCUGAAUUUUUUAGAGCCUCACAAAUUCGCUUCCGAAACUGAUUUUAGGCUCAAUUAUGCAUCGCUCAACUCUGCUGCCGAUGUUGAAAAACUUCAAAACGUGCUCAAACCUCUUAUGCUUCGUCGUCUUAAGGAAGAUGUUGAAAAAUCCAUUCCCGUCAAGGAGGAAACCAUUGUAGAAGUGGAGUUGACUACAACACAAAAAAAAUGGUAUCGAUCCAUUUUAGAAAAAAACUUUUCUUGGCUCAAGCAAGGAACACUCAAGAAAACCAACGUACCCAAUCUUAUCAACACCAUGAUUGAGCUUCGAAAAUGCUGCAUUCAUCCUUGGCUACUCAAAGGUGCUGAAGAUCAGAUCUUGGAUGAAUUGAAUGCUCGCACGAAUGAGCAGCAGUUUAAUGCACUGAUUCAGUCAUCAGGAAAAAUGGUGUUGAUUGACAAACUAUUAAAAAAGCUGAAACAAGGUGGACAUAAAGUGCUGAUUUUUUCGCAAAUGACAAAAUGUCUGGAUUUGAUUCAGGACUAUCUACGUAGUCGUGGAUGGUUAUAUGAGCGCAUUGAUGGUGGUGUACGUGGCGAUCUGAGACAAGCUUCAAUCGAUCGCUUUUCAGCUCCUGGAUCUGAAUCGUUUGUGUUUCUACUAUGUACACGUGCGGGCGGUGUCGGAAUCAAUUUGACUGCAGCCGAUACAUGCAUCAUUUUUGAUAGUGAUUGGAAUCCGCAGAAUGACUUGCAAGCUCAGUCAAGAUGUCAUCGUAUUGGUCAAAAAAAGCCUGUGCAGAUUUACCGUUUGAUUACUCGCAAUACGUAUGAGCGAGAGAUGUUUGAUCGAGCAAGUAUGAAGUUGGGACUGGACAAGGCUCUUCUUCAACGCAUGGAUAUGCAGGGUGAAAGCGGGUUUGCUGGAUUUGAUGCCGGAUCGUCCAAAUCUAGUGCACUUACCACGGAGGAAGUAGAAGAACUGCUUAAAAAGGGUGCUUACGGUGCUUUUAUGGAUGAUGAGGCUAGCAAGCAGUUUUGUGAAGAAGACAUUGACCAGAUUCUUGAGCGUCGCACACAAGUUAUUCGACAUGAUAACAAGGAUGAAAAAAGUUCUAUUUUUUCCAAAGCAACGUUUCAAGCUUCUGGGAGUGCUGCAGAUGUUGAUGUCAAUGAUCCUGAUUUUUGGGACAAGGUUGCCAAGCGAGCCGAAUUGCAGAUUGUUGAAGAAAUUCCCGAAGAGUUACUAAUUAUGGAUAUGCCACGAAAUCGCCGUCAAGUAACCCGAUUUGGCAUCAAAAAUGCAUACGACUACUCGACAGACAAUACAGCUUCUUCAGGGUAUCCAUACGAACUUCCUUCUGGUGCCACGCCACCUCCUGCUGCAAAGAUCAAAGAUGAGCUAAGGCCAUGGUCUUUGACGGAACGAACCCGUCUUGAGCGCAUGAUCAUGCAGCACGGAUUCAAUAACUGGGGCGUAUGCCAAGAGUCGUUUGGACGUCGCUCCAUCUAUGAUCUGCAAGCCUGCUGUCGAGUCAUGCUGAAGCACUGUUUGAAUACGUGCACUACUGUAGAUCCUGAAGUGAUCAAGGAUGUCAAACGUGCAUUGCACUGCUUCCCUCAUCCUAAAACUGCACCUGACCACGCACUUACCGAAAAGGAGUUGGAGAAUCGCACAUUUUUGCUGCUUCCAAGCGGUGAAGAAGUGGAGCCUGAAGAAAUUCCUGAAAUUCCUGAAGACGAAUUACCCUAUCCAUGGGCAAACGAAAAGCAAGUGAUGGAGUUUAAUUCCUUUUGGAACGAGGCCAACAAAGAUUAUAUUGAGCAUAUUGAGCGCAAAGCCAAAAACAUGCUGAUUCGUGUCGCUCUCAUGUACAAUAUUCGCAACAAAUGUGAUCCAAGACCUGAUAUGCACAUUCCCAAGUUUCUUGGUGCGCCGCCUGCUCCAUGGUGGGGUGAUUCCGAAGAUAAGGAUCUUAUGAUUGGUAUCUGCAAACAUGGGUAUCAGCAAAAGUAUAACAAGCUAUGGGACGAUCCUGAUUUGUGCUUUUAUGAAACUUUUCAGCGGGCUGCGUUGGGUGGGAUCAUUCUUCAACCUGAUGGUCUUGAAAAGAAUGGCAAUGCUGUUGGUGCCGAAGAUGACGGGGAUGACAAUAUGGAUACUGAAGUAGCAGAUGGAGGAUUAGCAGUCAAGGACGAGGCAGAUAAUGGCAACGAUAUGGAUGAAGAUAAUGUCAAGGAUGAGACUGCCGUGGAUGAAGAUGUAGAUAUUUCCAAUGGAGCACCUUCUGUGCCUGUUGACGAACGGCUUUCCGCUGGCAAAGCCACUCCUCUUCCAGGCGAAACGAGUGCACAGGAUGAUACAGUGCCAUUUGUUAUUCCUUCUGCGACUGAUUUAGGUGUUCGCGUUCGUCGGAUCCUCAAUGCUAUGAGCAAGUAUCGCCAGUAUCUGAUUCGCGAGAUUGCUCGAAAAGAAGCCGUCAAGGAGCGUUUACGCCAACGUGACAGCGAGCGUCUUGAAAAGCAAAAGCUGCGAGAAAAGGAUUUUUCCAAAAAACAACGACAUGAUUUCCAACGUGUUUUAACAUCGUUUGGAGUUCCACGAUUUCCAGGCCGGUCCAACGAGAUUGACUGGAGCAGCUUUAAGCAACAGGCAGAAUUGGAAAAGAAAUCGGAUGAAGCUAUGCUAUACUAUUAUGAAAAGGUGAUGAAGAUGUCCAGGGAAGUUGUUGAGAUGAAUAAUCUGGCACGCAAGGUUGCAACAGAUGCAACGCAUCCAAUUGGGACGUCUGCGGUAUUGAAUACCACAGUUGCUGCUGGAUCGGAUCCACUUGAGAUUGAUCCAACUGAUCCAGAUGUAGAUGCUGGUGAUCAAGACGGGGAUGCGGCCGAGUCUACAGAUGUUGCAGACACUGCUGUAAGUGUUGCACAAUCCAAGGGCAAGCUGAUUAUUGAUACCGAUGGCGAAAUGCUGACACUGGAAAAGGCAAAAAAGAUUCUCAAGCGUGUAGAAUUAUUUGAAAGAUUGCGAUCAGGUGUAAUGGACGAUAUUUUAUUAGACAAGAAACUUCAAGCAGUAAAGCGACAUGGUAAAGCCAGUAUGCCCAAAUGGUGGGAAUAUAGCAUGGAUCGGCCAUUGCUGAUUGGCAUUAAUCGAUAUGGACUACUAAGACCGGAGCCCUUGUAUCUUGACCCCGAACUGCCCUUUUUACAAACCUUUCAAGAAUACUCGAGGAGUUUGGAAGAGCGCAAAACAUUUAAUGUUCCCAACGAUGAGCUUGUAUGGGGUAAAUUUGAAGACAAGUUUUGGCCCCGUGAAGUGCUGAUUGUGAAGCGGUUCGAGUUACUAGUAAACUAUGCAUGUCGACCUUUAUCUAAGAAGGCUGCAUUAAGAUAUCGAAAAGCCACUGAAGCGUUGUUAGCUGCUCAGAAUGCAGCCAACGCAAAGUCUUUGGGAUCAGAUGAUGAAUUUGAACCGGUAGCACCACCAGCAUCCAAAGUGUUGCGACUCAAGCUUAAAUUAGGAUCCAUGAAUGAUGAUUCACCCAUGGAUGGCACGACUUCUACUGUAGCCAGUGCCAGUGGAACGGACGCUACAUCAGAUGCAUAUUAUACUGAUCGACGAAAUGCAGAGUCUGCAAAUGUACUGCCUUCAGCCAUAAUGGAAGAUGGCAUGCAGUUUGCACGAUCAGAUGCGGUCACACCCAAAUCGAAUUCCAUCAAAUCAUUUAAACCAGAAAGUAAAGGAAGUGGAAGUAAAAUGUCUAAACCCAAGAGUGAAGGUAAACAGUCUAAAUCGGACGUUAAACGAAAACAACAGGUUGCACAUCACGAUCAUGGCAGUACUGAUGAAGACGACACGGAUGACAUGCUAGAGGCAGCGAGUAAGAGGAUUGGGCACAAGAAGAAAAAGACCAAGCAUAACACGGAUUCAGAUGCAGGUGAGAUUUUAGCAUCGCUUCGAUAUGGAGCAGAAGAUGAAUUACAGGCAUUUUCAUCGAGUAAAGAACAUGGCAUAGCGGGAAUAAAGCCCAAAAAGCAACGAAAACCCAAAGGAGCGACCCACGCUUUACCCAUGUCAAGCUCAUCAGCGUAUGGGGAUGAUUUUGAACUAGUUGAGCAUUUUACAGUUGUAUCGCAAGAUAUGCAUGGAUUUAAUCCAGCGACACAGGUAUCACAAUCAGCACAACCCUCACCAAGGAUGCAACUAUCGCAACCAGCAUAUGUACAAUCACCUGGAUAUCAGUAUUAUUCCCAGUCACCACAACACAGCAAUCAGGAGUCAUUGAAUGCACAACCAUCUACAAAUGGACAUGCAAACUUUUCAGCUGCAAUGAUACAGGAACAGUUGUAUACACGACCACACUCGGGACUAUAUGAGCAUUCAACAACCCAACCCAACCAUACGAAUGGCAUUAAACUCAUUCAGGAUGAGAAUCUUUCGACUCAGAAUGGACAUGAAAGUAUUUAACAAGAUCAAUUGAUGCAAGUUUUACCAUUGCAGUUGCAUUUACGUAAAAUAGGAUACUAGUUUACCUUGCAUUAACUGCCUUUAUUUUGCUUUUGAAUAAAUAUCGAUUAAAU